AUGGAUGGUUAUUUAUUGAUUUCUUUAUCAGUUUUAAUGUUCAUUGGUAGUUUUUUAGUGGGAUUGGUGCCACUUACGUUCAAUAUGUCAGAGGGACGAACUCGUCUAUUAAGCACAUUUGGAGCAGGUUUACUAGUUGGAACAGCCCUAUCAGUUGUUGUUCCCGAAGGUGUUGAAUCAUUAUACCUUGCUCAAACUGUGCUCUAUUUAAAAUCUUUUCUUUAUUUUGCAGAAAUUCAGAAAGACGACGAACAUGGUCAUUUGAAAGUAGAAGUUGAUGUUAUGGCAAUUAAAAAGUCUGUUGGUUAUUCCCUAGUUACUGGUUUCAUAUUCAUGUUUAUAAUUGACCAAAUUUCUCGAUUUCUGCAGUCAAAAGGUUACAAUUACAGCAUUUUUAUAUUUCUAGCUGAUGGAGUUGCUCUGGGAAGUGCAUCAACAACGAAUCGUACUGAUGUACAAUUUGUUGUCUUUUUUGCUGUUAUUUUACAUAAGGCUCCAGCAGCGCUUGGCUUAGUCAGCUUUCUUCUGGUGGAAGGUGUUGAACGAUUCAGAAUACGUAGACAUUUAUUUGCUUUCUCAAUUGCUGCACCAUUAACUACUUUCGUGACUUAUUAUUUGAUAAUUAUUGAACAUGAUGCAUUGUCAUCGAAUUCCACAACUGGGAUAUUAAUGUUGUUUUCUGCUGGGACAUUUUUAUACGUUGCAACUGUACAUAUACUUCCAGAAUUGGUAAAUAAUUCAGGUUAUCAUGAAUUAUUGAAUAAUGAUGUUGAGUCUACUGGUCGUGGAAGAGCAUCGUUAACCUUUAACGAAUUUGUCUCUGUCAUUAUUGGCUCCAUUUGUCCCUUGUUAUUGAUCAGUGGUCAUUCCCAUUCACACUGA